AGUAUGGAAGAAUAUAUGAUCGUCUAAUUUCCUCUGACGUUUCUUCUUCUUCUUUUGCCCUUUAGCCUAUCUCUUUUCCUUUGGGUUGGAAUUUGGGUUGGAAUGAGUGCAUAGGAGAUGAUUGAGAACAGGGUCCACUCCACCACGAGUCACUAUAUAUACGAAAAUACCAAUUGACAAGUUGAGAGAUGUGGGACCCCAAAAAACAAAUUGAGAGAUGGAGUGUGAGAGGUUCUCCCUUGAGCCGCCCAUACUUCUCGUUUCCUAUAUAAAGGCACAAGCUUCUGCUGUGUUGAAAAAUCAUCUACCUUCAAUUGCUUGUCAUGGCUGUUUUUGUUCAUUCACUCAUGACAGGGCUCCUAACCCUGAUCAUCUUCUGCUUCGUCCUGACUUUGGAGCAACCCGACAAUUAUAUCAUCCACAUGGACUUAUCCUUCAUGCCCAAAGCCUUCUCUGACCACCACAGCUGGUACUUGGCCACUGUCUCAUCAGUAACACAAAGUCCUAAUCCUAAAGUGAGAGCCAGAGCUGAUGCCACACCCACGUCUUCUAGGCUCAUUUACAGUUACACUCAUGUCAUCCGGGGUUUCAGUGCUAGUCUCUCUCCUAGCGAGCUCGAGGCCCUCAAGAACUACCCGGGCUACAUCUCUUCCAUGAAGGAUUUGCCUGUUAAAGUCGACACAACUCACUCGACCCAAUUUCUUGGCCUGAAUUCUAAUUCCGGGGCAUGGCCUAUCUCGGACUAUGGCAAGGAUGUCAUAGUUGGGCUUGUGGAUACGGGUGUUUGGCCGGAAAGCCCAAGCUUCAAUGAUGGCGGAAUGACAGCAAUUCCAUCGAAAUGGAAAGGCGAAUGUGAGGUCGGCACCCAUUUUAACUCUUCCAUGUGCAACAAAAAGCUCAUCGGAGCACGGUACUUCAACAAGGCCCUGAUGGCAAAGAAUCCCAACAUUACCUUCUCCAUGAACUCAACGCGUGACACUGACGGACACGGCACCCACACAUCCACCACAGCUGCUGGAAACUACGUCAAGGGAGCGUCCUUCUUUGGCUAUGCUCCAGGAACCGCCACAGGCGUGGCUCCACAGUCCCGAGUGGCCAUGUACAAGGCCCUGUGGGACGAAGGCGCAUAUUCUGCAGAUAUUAUGGCUGCAAUUGAUCAGGCAAUUAUUGAUGGUGUCGAUGUCCUGUCCUUGUCAUUGGGCCUGGAUGGCGUUCCAUUGUAUGCAGACCCAAUUGCGAUAGCCACAUAUGCAGCCAUGGAGAAAGGAAUCUUUGUAUCAACAUCGGCCGGAAAUGAGGGGCCUUUCGUUGAGACCCUGCACAAUGGGACUCCCUGGGUCAUAACUGUUGCCGCCGGCGACAUGGACCGUGAUUUUGGAGGAACUAUUGCUCUUGGCAGUGGUGUUUCAAUUGCAGGCUUGACUCUCUUUCCAGGCGACGCAUCCUUGGGUGAAUCUCCAAUUGUUUUUGCAAACGCGUGCAACAAUACAAUCGAAUUGAACAAGACCAGUCACACGAACAUUGUCGUGUGCGAGGACAAGAGUGACAGUAUCAGCGACCAGAUCAACAAUGUCCAGGGAGCAAAAGUUGCUGGUGGAGUAUUCAUAACAAACAGCUCCAACCUCGAGUUCUACAUCCAGAGCUCAUUCCCGGCUAUCUUUUUGAAUCCUACAGAUGGUGAAACCAUCAAAGCCUACAUCAAGAACUCCUCUGAGCCAACAGCAAGUAUUCAAUUUCGGAAAACACUAAUCGGUAGCAAGCCUGCUCCAAGUGUAGCAACCUACAGCUCUCGUGGCCCCUCUCCGAGUUCUCCGGCAGUCCUCAAGCCCGACAUUUUGGCUCCCGGCUCUAUGAUCCUGGCUGGCUGGCCUCAAAACAAUCCAGUGGGUGUGGUGAACUCGCAUAAACUAUUUAGCAACUUCAACCUUUUGUCAGGGACAUCGAUGUCAUGCCCGCACAUCGCGGGAGUGGCUGCACUCCUAAGAGGAGCACACCCAGAGUGGAGCCCUGCAGCCAUCCGGUCAGCCAUGAUGACUACAUCUUAUUCAACGGAUAGUACGAAUGCCCCUAUCAAAGACAUUGGGGAUGACUACAAACCGGCGAGCCCUCUAGCCAUAGGAGCUGGCCACGUCGAUCCAAACAAGGCAUUAGACCCUGGACUCAUAUACGAUGCGACCCCCCAAGACUACAUCAACCUCAUGUGCGCGAUGAAUUACACAUCGAAGCAAAUCCAAACUGUCACCAGAUCAUCUUCCUACAAUUGUUCAGACUCAUCAAUGGACCUUAACUACCCUUCCUUCAUUGCCUUCUUUAGUCCAAACAGCUCGGGCUCUUUGAUGGUGCAAGAAUUCUUCCGGACGGUGACAAAUGUGGGAGAUGGGCCAUCAACCUACAUUGCCAAGGUGACGCCGAUGGAGGGAUUCAAGAUCGAAGUCGCGCCAGAUAAACUGACGUUCAAAGAGAAGUAUGAGAAGCUGAGGUAUAAGCUGACAAUAGAAGGACCAAAACAGAUGAAUGAGCCGCUGGUUUUUGGUUCUCUGAGUUGGAUGGAUAACGGUGGCAAGCAUGUGGUCAAAAGCCCCAUUGUGGCGACGAGCCUGAGCUCGGAGGCAUUGACGUCCAGCACUUGAAUUUUUUUUUCUGGUUUAGCAUCAGUAGAGGAAAAUAUUUUCCUUAUUUUCUUUUUCCUUUUUUGAACCAAUUUAUAUAAUGUGAAAUAAACUAACUUGAUUUGGCCCCAUGAAGGUUGUGGGUGGAUAGGGUGUCCAAAUCAUACCACACAUCUUACUUGCUAAACAACAAAAAGCCAGCUUUUGCAAUC